UUAUAAGAUAUGAGACAAUGUCCAUAUUUUUUGGGAUGGAGCACUCUAUCGGUAUGUGAAUCCUCAAUAAGUAUCUCAUAUUUUUGAAAAUUACGACCUGGUGUGAUCUGAACCACUACAAAUCAAAGCGUUUACCGUACUAUUCCGUGAAAUGAAUAAAUCAAAUGUCACCGAAUUUCCAAACUUGUCUAUGGGUAUAAUAUUUUUUUAAUGUUUUUUUGGCCUUUAGACAAAAGUGGUUAAAUUCACUAAUAUUUUUAGUGAGUUUAUGUAGAUGUAUAACCUUUAUGGUGGAUUAUGAAUACAAAUUGACUUUCUUCAAGUUCAAUUUUUGGAAAAAAUGUCGAAUUUGGAAAUUAAACAACUGUUUGAAUUCAGCAGGUUUCAAGAUUUUGGUGCUAGAGCCAUAUUUUCAAUUUUAUAUUUUCCAAUUGGUCUAAUAUUGUUAAUAAUCAGAGGCUUUUUUGUAUUGUGUUUUAUAAUUGUUAAUCAAACGUUUCCCGACUCUCCAUUUACCGAAAAGUUGCUGAAUAAAUUGGCCUCUCUGUCAUUUGGAAUUUCCAUAUCCGUGGAUAAUCCUAAGCAGUUGGAGAAAGUGGAUUUUUAUAUCACCAACCAUACAUCGAUUUUUGAUCAGCUGGUUGUACAUAUAACUACGGGAUCAGUUUCGCCCUCAAAAUCAUUUACAUUGCAAAGUGUGGUGGGAUUUGGAACAAAGGAUUUUGGCAGUUUAUCGAAUGUUGAGAGUUUUAAGAAAAACAUAGAAGUUUUGUUUACAAAAAAACGCAUACCGGUUCACUUCUGCCCAGAAGAAAAGCCCACGAAUGGAAGAGCCCUGCUGAAAUUCAAUUCGAAAUAUUUUCAGUUUCUUACUAAACUGCAACCUAUUUGUGUUACCGUCGAAAGGCCUUUUUUGAAUAUAUCGGUUUCGAAGAUCGGAUCGUCGUACUUGAGCAACGUUUUAUAUUUCAUGUAUUCGCCCGUUACCAACUACAAACUAAAAUUUUUACCGUCUUUGGAGAAGAAAAGCUUUACCGACGACGAGUUCGCGGAAAUCGCCAGGCAAAAUAUCGCGUCGGAGUUGAAGAUCGAUACGUCCAACUUCACAGCCGCGGAUUUAACGGAGUGGGAAAAACGCUAUCUAGCGGAGCGACAAAGACAAACUCAAAAUCGGGCGAAUGAUUCGUAUGGUCGAAGGCCGAAUCCCGAACUGCUGAGGAUGGCGAACCAAGUGAAAGAAGUUUUGCCCCACGUACCGCUUAACGUGAUUUAUAAUGAUUUAGUCGUCACCAGAGGCGUCGACGCAACGAUCACCAAUAUCCUGGAAGGAAGGAUUCAAUUCGUUCCCGAAUCUCCGCAACCGUCUCCUUCUUCGAGCCACCAUCGGGCGUCCGCAUCGAAAUCCUCCGGCUCCUUAAAUUUUUCAAACGUCUCGAACGUAGUUCCGUUAAGCACCGCCGCCACUAGCUUCGGUAAAACAGCGUCGGAACGUACGAAAUCGUUCCAGGAACGGAAAGAACUACUCAUUGCGGUGGCCAGGCGACGUUAUAUUGAGAAAAAUAAUCUGGACAUAUCGUUUUAGCAGUCUGUGUUAGUUCUAGGUUAGAAUUAGUGCCAAAAAGGGAAGCCCUGUUUUUUUAUACCUUUGUUUAAUUUUUCAAUUCGUUAGGGUUAUGGGGUUUUGAUUUUUAUCUGCCCGUGCUGCGCAACCCGUGCUAUACAAGGUGGUCCGCAGUAAAUGUGCAAAAAAUGAAUGAAUCAUAAAAUGUUUAAUUUAGUUUUGUUUAAUCAUUAGAGAGACACUGAGCGCUCAGUUCAGUUCUAAAAUCCCGCUAUUUCAUGCCACAACUUUUUUUUCAACCAAAUAGAGUUUUUUAGGUCCCAAAAAAAAUUUCAAAAAUUUGUCGAUCCUCCACGCAAAAACUAGCCGACAAAAUGGUGGCCGAUGCGUGGCCUACAUCAAAUCCCGAAGUUCC